AUGCGCACGCGCACGAGAGGCGACUGGUUCAGCAGUGGUACUGAGAGCAGCAUCUGCACAGCACACGAGUGCAAAGUGAAGCCCUCAAGCAGGUGGUGGAGGAGAUGCAGCCGCUCGUUCGCUCUUGCUUCUCCUCCGUGUAUGAAGAUUUGUUUUGAGACGUCUCAAAAACAAAUCUUCUCUUGGUUCCCUCCUCCUCUUCUCCCCUCGUCUCCCCUCUACUCCCCUCUUCUCCCCUCUUCUCCCCUCUUCUCCCCUCUUCUCCCCUUGUCUCCCCUCUUCUCCCCUUGUCUCCCCUCUACUCCCCUCGUCUCCCCUCUUCUCCCCUUCCAGCAGGUGGUAGAGGAGAUGCAGCCGCUCGUUCUCUCUUCCUUCUCCUCCGUCCCUCUUCUCCGAUCUUAUCCCCACUCUGCUCAGCUGAGGGCGCCGAUAGUGGCACAGCAGCAGCAGGAGGAGACGGCAUUGGAGCAUCUGAGGGCGCUGCGGGUGGCACAGCAACAGGUGGUGGAGGAAACAGCAUUGGAGCAUGUGAGGCGAGUGGUGGGGGAGAUGCAGCAGCUGAAGCAGCAGCUCGAUGGCAUGGAGGAAGCAGCAAAGGCUCUGGCAGAGAGUGUAGCGGAGCAGGCUAAAGCGAGGAUGCAGCAAGAGGAGGAGGAGGAUGACCGGCGGCUGCUGCAGACUAUGGACCAAACUGCACUCGAACGGCUGCUGGGGUAUGGGAGAGAGGAGACGGGAGCGAGUGGGAGGCAGGAAAACGACGGCGGUGGGAGUGGCAAGUGA